CCCCCCCCCCCCCCCCCCCCCCCCCCCCCCCCCCCCCCCCCCCCCCCCCCCCCCCCCCCCCCCCCCCCCCCCCCCCCCCCCCCCCCCCCCCCCCCCCCCCCCCCCCCCCCCCCCGCCUUGUUGUCUACGUCCCCUUCCUCCCGUUAUUUAUUAAUAUUUUGAAAAAAAACGCUUUCAACAAACUUAUUUGAAUUUCAUUUGUUACUCACACUUUUUAGAGAAUUUUUCUUUUUAUUUACCGAGACCUCGUUCAAUCUACUAUUAGAAUAUGAUACUUGUAACGCAUAGCACAUCUAGCGCUACUCAUAGUAGUUGUAGCUGCUGGUCGAACGCCUUACGCACCAUGCAUUGGCGGAUGCUCAAGUGACUGGAAACAAUAACGUGUUAAAACCGUGUUGAAACGACAUAGGUGGCGAGGUGCUACCAAGAAAGAUAAUCGAUUUAUUGCUCUAUGCCGGUGUUAGAGCCGGGCCAACAAACACAAGAUCUAAAAUGCAUUCAUAAUACACUCUAUAUGUUUUUGAUUUUUUUUGUAGGUAUGCACAAAGCCAUUGAAAAUAAAGGUAGAGGAACAAAGGUUGUCGACGAUAUCUUCCACUCUGAUGCAACACCAACUCUCAUUGGGCAAAAUCGAACUUACCACAGAAGUAUUUCACUCAAUGUCAAACAGCAUUUGAAUAAUAAACGACGAUGUAUGGCUAUGUUAUUAUUUGAAUAUUUAACUGGACAAAAAAUUCCUAUAAUAUAUACCUUUCCUAACGCAGCAUACAAAAUAACAACCGAUGCUCAUCAGACAUUUGAUUUAUUUGCACAACUUCACAAACCACGCGAUAAAUUAAUAGCCGUUACAAAAGCUCUAACAACUGUAUUUGAUAGCUGUUCAAUUGAUAACUUAUCAACAUUUUUACUGCGUAUUUUACAAGAACAAUCAAACACCAUGAGUGAAUUCACUGCAUAUGAAUGUGAUUUUGGCACAAUUGAUAAAAAUGAUACGUAUGCUAAAUUACUAGACAAAAUUCGUGGAUGUUAUGAUCAAUGUCCUUGUUGUCUACGUCCGUGUGAUUUUGACCAUACAACAAGACCAGGAUCAAAACCAGGAUCAGAAGACAUAUGUUUUCCUCCGUUCUAUUCUAUUGUCGAUCUGUGUCUUUGCUGUAUGACUGCACAUGCACUGCGAGCAAUGAAUGGCUAUAAAUUUGAAGAAACAAAAGAAGCUUCAUUAUUUAUGUGUGAACGAAUACCGGAUGAUCAACUUCUUAUUGUUGGCUCAAUACGGAAGAAAUGGUCACAAUUUAAGUUAGAUCAUUCGGAUUGGUUAUUCGAAUCAUUGCUGAAUGAUGAGGAAUUAACUAAAUUACGUGGUAAAUUUUUGAGAAUAUGGGGAGUAAUUGGUGAUGCUUUAUGUGAAACAUAUGAUAUGAAAAUUAAUGCUAGUAUUGAAUAUUUUGAUGAAGAAAUAAAAGAUAUAAAUGUGGAUAGUAUUUCAUUUGCAUGUGAUCAUUUUACGGAAUUUGGUGUAGCUUUUGAUAAAGUAGCGGAAUGUAUCGCACGGUCUAAAAAAGAUGAUUCAAAGUAUGCCAUUAUAUUUAUGACUGAUGGAUUAGGAUCCAAUCCUGAUAAUGAGCUUAACACAUUAAACGGAUCACAUGGUUCACUUAUUAAAAAAUUUUGGACAUUGUCGUUAGGACAAAAAUCGGUGACCGUAUUAGAACAAAUAAAUGCAAAAAUGAAUGGUACAUAUUUUGAUGUCGACGACUCAAGUCUGUUGGUAGAAGCAUAUGCUGAAAUUGCACGAACAUUGUAA